AUGAUGCAAGAAUCAUCCGGUGUUGCUAGUGAUUAUAUCACAACAACAAUUCAAUUUCUUGAAAAUACAUUUCGUGCAUUUACACAUUUACCAACUCAAUUAUCUCAAACAACAUGUUUAUCAGCAUGUAAACAUAUAUCGACAUCAUUAACAGAAAAAAUUCUUAGUCCGGAAGUUAAAGCAAUAUCAUUGGGUGCACUUGAACAAAUGAGUCUUGACUUAAUGCAAUGUGAAGUAUUUGCAUCAAAAGUUAAUAUUGCAAAUUUGGAUAGUGAAACAUUAUUAUUAUGUUUUCAAGAUUUACGUCAAUUACUUGAUCUUAUUAUGGAUAAGCAAUGGUCACUUUAUUUUGAACAAUAUGGUAAACCUGAUUCACCAUUUGGACGUGUUAAUCCACAUACAGCUUUAAUUGUUGUUGAAAAAUUACGUGAAGGAUUAAAACGACCAUUAUUACUUAAAUUUAAUCGACCAGCUUUAGAAAAAGAAAAUAUUAAAUUAUUAGAAACAGUUUCAAAAGAUUUACGUAGUUUAAUUAAUGAUAUUUCAUAA